CUGAGAGUGAGACAGCAUUGGUGAUUGCCGGCAGUGACAGGGUCUUUCACUGAAGUGUUUGAAAUGUUCUCGUCCGAAUCCAUUUUAAAUCGCGAGCUCAGCAAGAGCAUGGAUUAUCACUAUACGGGACCUGUGGAGCAGCGAUUUAACCCUUACACUUUUAACGGAGGGACUGUGCUGGCUCUUGCAGGUGAUGACUUUGCUCUUGUGGCUUCUGACACAAGACUUAGUGAAGGUUAUAGUAUCCACAGCAGGAACACACCGAAAUGCUACAAACUAACAGACAAUACAGUUAUUGGUUGCACUGGAUUCCAUGCAGACUGCCUCACACUCACAAAAAUUAUUGAAGCCAGACUAAAGAUGUACAAACAUUCAAAUAACAAAACGAUGACCAGUGGAGCUAUAGCUGCCAUGUUAUCCACCAUUCUCUACUCUCGCCGUUUUUUCCCUUACUACGUAUACAACAUCAUUGGAGGCCUUGAUGAAGAAGGUAAAGGGGCAGUGUACAGCUUUGAUCCAGUUGGCUCAUACCAGAGGGAUGCAUACAAAGCUGGUGGCUCUGCGAGUGCCAUGUUGCAGCCUCUUCUUGACAACCAAAUUGGAUACAAGAACAUGCAGAACGUUGAGCAGUUACCUCUGACAUUGGAGAAGGCACUGAAGCUCAUCAAAGAUGUGUUCAUAUCUGCUGCUGAGAGGGAUGUAUACACAGGCGAUGCACUGCAUAUAAGCAUCGUGACUAAAGAUGGCAUAAGAGAAGAGUCUGUAUCUCUUAGGAAAGAUUAAUUCACAUGCUGUAGGUAUCUUCUGAACUCACUCAGAACAUUCUUUGAUUUCUGCAAUUUUGAUCUUUUUUAUGUUUCUCUAAAAAUAAAAAAAAGAAUAACUUAA